AUGUUUACAAACAUUCCCGGAUGGGAAGAUGAGCCAUAUGCAUCCAUUGCCAGUGAAUGGGCCCGUUCAGCUGGUAAAUGUGAUUGUGAAUGUGAAAAAAGUGAAAUUGACAUGCCUACUAACCUUCUUGCUUGUCUGAAAAAGUUUCCAAAAGAUAAGUGGCAGAAAAGAGUAAAAGACCAUAGACCCCAUGUAAAAGUUGAAAUUUACUGGAAAAAUAAAAAUGUUGAAAGGGUUACUGCCCUUGUGGACACUGGAGCCGAAGCCACUUUAAUUCAUGGUAACCCUAAGAAAUUUGCUGGAUUACCCUAUGUAAUCACAGGUCUGGGAGGUAAGAGGACAGAAGCAGUCCAGACCUGGGUAGAACUGAAAAUUGGACAGUUGCCAAAAAAGAAGUAUUCGGUUUUAAUUGUCCCCAUACCCGAAUACAUAAUUGGAAUUGAUAUCCUUAAAGGAUUGACCUUACAUUUGGGGGAUGGCUGUUACAGUUUUGGAACUAAACCCUAUAUAUCAGCCAGACCAGUGGUGGUAGGAAAAUUGUUAAUGCCCCCAGUGCAACUACCACCCGCUACUAAAGUAGUACAUAUUAAGCAGUACAGGAUCCCAGGAGGCCACAAAGAAAUUGGAGAAACCAUAGACGACUUAUUAAAAGCUGGGGUCCUACGAGGGGUCACUACUGCUUGGAACAAUCCCGUGUGGCCAAUACGUAAAACAGACCAUACAUGGAGAAUGACAGUAGACUACAGAGAAUUGAACAAACACACACCUCCACUGACUGCUGCUGUCCCAGACACCGUCACUCUUAUAGAAAAUAUACAGAAGCAUCCAGGGAUCUGGUAUGCAGCUAUAGAUUUGGCUAAUGCCUUCUUCACUAUUCCAAUAGCUGAAGAAAAUCAAGAGCAGUUUGCUUUCACAUGGUUAGGGAGGCAAUACACAUUCACCAGGUUGCCACAGGGAUACUUGCAUAGUCCCACCAUCUGUCAUCGGCUGGUGGCAGAACAUCUUGAUGGGGUAAAAAUACCGUCAGAGGUGAAAAUAUCCCAUUAUAUAGAUGACAUUAUGAUUCAGGGACAGUGUGAAGAACAGUGUCAGCAGAUUCUUGAAGAGAUCAUGGAUCACAUGAAGAGCAAAGGGUGGGAGAUAAAUCCCACUGAAAUACAGGGACCCGCUCAAACAGUAAAAUUCUUAGGAAUACAGUGGAACAAAGGACACAGAGAAAUCCUUCCAAAAGCUAAGCAAAAAGUGCUAGAGUUUCAAACUCCCAAAAGCAAGAAACAAGCUCAAAGCUUUAUAGGUCUCUUUGGUUUCUUGAGACAACACAUACCACACCUGAGUCAGUUACUCUCCCCUUUGUACAAAGUAACCAGGAAAAAACUUGAUUUUGAAUGGGGAGAUGAACAACAGAAUGCAUUUGAGGGAGCUAAACAGGCUAUCCAACAAGCCCUUGAUCUAUGGCCCAUACAAGAUGGAGACAUAGACUUAAAUGUAUCAGUAAAUCAGCAAUGGGCUAAUUGGAGCCUUUGGCAGAAACAAGGAAGGACUAAGGUUCCCCUUGGUUUCUGGACAAGGAAGUUACCUGAGGCAGGAGAGAGGUACACACCCUUUGAGAGACAGCUCUUGGCCUGUUAUUGGGCAUUGGUAGAUACUGAACAGAUGACAGUAGGACAUACUGUGUUCUUACGCCCAGAGAUACCUAUCAUGCAAUGGGUACUUAGUUCCCCUAAGACACAUAGGAUAGGUCAUGCACAAGAGUCCAGUAUCAUAAAAUGGAAGUGGUACAUACAGGAUAGAGCUAAAACAGGAAAUAGUGGUACGGCUGUACUACAUGAGAAAAUUGCAGAUGCGCCGAUACAAGAACCUGGUUAUCUGCCAGACGCAGACAAGCCAGGGGAAUCUCCAGUAAAGUGGGGAAAGUCUUUUGCGCAACUAACACAAGAUCAAGCAAAGCAUGCUUGGUUUACUGAUGGUUCAGCAAAAUACAUUGGUAAUGAAAGACAAUGGAAAGCAGUGUCUUACAAUCCAGAAACCAAGAAAAUUCUGACUACAACAGGAACAGGAAAAAGUAGCCAGUAUGCAGUUAUGAGUUAUAUGCAGUUAUAUGCAGUCUUUCAGGCUUUGAAACAAGAGAUGCCUGGAAGUUGUCAUAUAUACACAGAUUCCUGGUCUGUUGCCAAUGGACUGGCCACGUGGUUGCCUACAUGGCAGUCUCAUCAGUUCAUGAUUCAUUCAAAGGAAGUCUGGGGAAAAGAUUUGUGGGAGCAGAUAUGGGAGAUGGUACAUCAAAAUGAGGUAACAGUCUUUCAUGUUGAUGCUCACUGCAAUACUGACUCAUUGGAUCGUCUGUUUAACUCUGUUGCAGACGAGAAAGCCAAGAUCUCAGAGGCGUCUGUUGAAAAUUCGAACUCACUUUUGGGAUUGGCUACUUGGGCCCAUCAGAAAUGUGGACACUUGGGAGAGAAAGCCACUCACAGGUGGGCACAACAGCGAGGCAUUUUAGUGCCACUUGAUUUAAUUAAAACAGUAAUUCUGCAAUGUCCAGUGUGUCAGCAUGAGCAGAAUAGACAUGUACCAGGGAUGAUUCAGAGUGACAAUGGAAGCCACUUUAAAGGAAAAUUGGUACAAGAUUUUUGUAAUGAAAACAAUGUUGAAUGGAUAUUUCACAUACCUUAUUAUCCUCAAGCAGCUGGUCUGAUUGAAAGGAUGAAUGGGUUGUUGAAACAACAAUUGAGAAAACUUGGUGAAGGGACAAUGGCGAAGCUCAUUGGUCCGGCUGUUAUUGUGAUGACCGUGCUUACUCUACACCCUUUGGUCGGCUCAGAUACCAACAAUGAGAUUGGAGGUUGGGACCAGAGGGAUUCCGCAGAGAUGAGAUGGAAAGAGAUCGAAAUAAGAGUAACCUGCCUGACCAUUAACUGUCCAAACAUGAGAGCCAACCUCUAUGGAGAAGGCUAUUUUAGCCACAAUGAAACUGAGUCAAUGACCUAUAUUAAGUUACCAAAUGAAUCAUUUGAUUUGUUAACGUUAGAAUCUACAACGCCCUUUGGCUGCCGCAUACUGUAUACACCUAACCCUUCCAAAUCCAAUAAACGAUAUUUGAAAGGGGAUGGGCCAGAACCACUCAAACGCAAGGGGAAAGAACCGGCAAAGCGCCCAAAACAGGCGGACGCCAAAGAGAAACAUCCCUUACAACCUACUCUGUCGGAGGAGGAAGACGAUUCUUUCGACUUACACCCCUUGGCCAUCCUAGAUGAAUGGCAAGCUGGCCACUCUUCUGAAGACGAAGAGGACUGGCCUAUGACAUUUUUCUGA